GCACUCUCAGCGGGAAAAGCGGGACCUGAAAUAGAAUGAUGCUGUCAGAAAGACGGUCAGGUUUCUAAUGCACAGACGCAUGUCUUUCCCGUUUAUCCAAAUUAUUUAUAAAUUCUGUUGCCAAGUCUAGCAACUCCGAUAGCGGGAGGGAAUGACUGUCAUCCUGGUGGUGAGACCGCCUGUGGUAAUUAAUCGCUACUUGAGGGAAACCUCGUCGCGAUAUUGUUAUUGACUGGCAGCGGAUUGCCAUUGGCGCGACUUUGCGAAAUCCCGUUUCCUUGGUAGCUUCGUAAGAUACAGUUUGCGUGACGCUAGCUGGAAGCACAACGCUGCUAAACUAGAUUCUCCAACCACUGGAAACCGCGAGAAACGCCCUGGGCUAGUGAAAACGCCAUGGCUGCAAAUGCGUCCAAAUUGUCAGACUGCUUGGGCCUGAAUAGAACAGCACGGCCUGAGUCAUUCACGACUAGCAAAUGGUUACGGUCGGCGAAUGGUGUAACCACUCCGCGAGCAUCACGACGUUUCGCAAUAAAUAAUGGAUCGAGCCAUCUGUCGCAGAAAAUGAUCGCUUCCGGGUUUAGCCGUCAGGAUUCAGAAACCACUAUUCGAGCCGUCUGGUCCUCGUCGGGUAAACUAGAUCACUCACGGGCUAGCGCUGACGUGGCUCUCAUUUCAAGCACAUUCGAGAAUUCUCGAAAACGGAUCUCGCGAUCAACAGCACCAUCAGCAGGGGAAUUAACGGCAUGCAAUCUCGAGGGCUCGAGACGAUGGAUAGUUUACCGAAGACCACUAGCUCCGGUUGCUGCGAUCGGUAGACAGGCGGGUCUAGUCGAUGAAGCGGAGAGGAGAGGGGAAGGGGAAGCACGAGACGGGGACGCAGCCAGGGGGUCAGGGGAAGCACGAGAAGGGAAGCCCAACGGGGAGGAGACUGUUCGUCCGAUGAUUCGCGACGAAGGACGCGAAGAAAAUGGUGGAUUUUUGCCAGCUGGCGCGCCGAGUUUGGAACGAGCAAGCGAGGAGGCCGAGGCGAAAAGCGAAGAGGGACCGUUGGCGAGAUUCGCCAAGGGAGUUCGUGCGUUUGUUACCAGCAACUUCCUUCUCGUUGCCAUCAGCACGGGCAUAUCCCUGGCUGUGCUGUAUCCUGCUCCCGGCAUCUACGCUCAGUCCAAGAUUGGGCUCGCUCGCUACUGCACGUUCGGCAUCUUCUUCGUUUCCGGCAUCGCGUUGGACCUAGAGGAGCUCCGCAGAGCUGCCAGCUCGUGGCCCGCCUUCCUCUACGGCUCGAUAUCCACGCUCGCCAUAACGCCCCUCAUGGCGCUUCUUGUGCGGCGUCUGCCCCUGCUGCCACGAGAACUGCCCACAGGCCUCGCCCUCUUCUGCUGCAUGCCCGCCACCAUCACAGCAGGCAUAUCGCUAGCACGGGCAGCAGGGGCCAACACAGCACUGGCUCUCGGCUUAACUGUCGUCACCAACACAGUUGGAAUACUCACUAUGCCCCUGCUCCUCUCGAGGCUCGUGCCAGCCAGUGGGGGCGUGUCCGUACCAGCGGGGCCGUUGUUACGCGGGCUGGUUACCACACUGCUCGUCCCACUGUUCAUAGGGAUGGCCGUCAGGCGAGCCAUCCCAGCUGUUGCCAGGUGGGCUGACCAACGCAAGCAGCAGCUCUCAAUGGCCAACAAUGCCAUGCUCUCUUUCGUGCCGUGGAUGCAAGUCAGUUCCGCCCGGGCGGCCAUUCUUCGUCUCGACAUGACUCAGCUGCUACCCAUUGCUGCCGCUGGCAUAACCGUCCAUCUGUCCUUCCUGGCGCUCAACAUGGGUGUGAUGGCGGCUCUAAGGAAGAUCACUCCUCCUCUUCCCACUCACGAGGCCAAUGCUGUGGAUAGAGCUGUCAUCAUCCUCUCCAGCCAGAAAACUUUACCUGUGGCGGCAACGGUGGUGGAAAAGAUUGGAACACUGAUGGGCGAACCCGCACUGGUGCUGCUACCGUGCAUCCUCACACACUUCCUCCAGAUAUUUAUUGACUCUUUGCUUGUCAACAAAUGGUUGAAUGACGAUAGGGAGCACACCACGAACGAUGGCAAGAUUGCAAAGAGAGUCGCUUAAAGGCAUGUCCUUACAGCAAAUUGCGUGGGCAUUCUCAUUUUUGCGUAGCAGAAGAGUAGUGCAAGCGGGCAUUUUUCCACAAGUCAUGUUGAGUCGUCCAAACGGUGACCACGAUAUGGUCACACGCUCUGUCGAGGGUCUCAGGAAAAGUGUAGCAGCAUUAGGAGGGUAGUUUUACACGUGGAAUCAAAGCACAUUAGGUUGUGAAAUAGUGUUAAAUUUGAUAU